UGCUUUUGUCUCGACGACGAUCAAUGAACGAGGUAGCACUUAGAGGCCUUGAUCCUACAUCUGGAAGUCAAGCGAAGCAUGAUCUUUUGACGUAUUUUGAACAGCUGAAGGCGUCUCCGAACGGCUGGUUGCUCUGCGCGGACACUUUCGUGCGGAACGUUUACAGAGAUCAGUAUGUUCAGUUCUUUUUGAUUCAAGUUAUCGAGCACCAUAUUCGCAACAGACAUGUAGCGUCAGAGGAGACGGAAAAGAUGAAAUUGAGACAGAUGAUGCUAACAUGGAUUGAAAACCAGGCUACAUCAAAGGUCAAAGAGAAAGGCGUAAUAAUACGAAAAGUCGCUCAGUUGUUUGCACUGCUAUUGCUCACCGACUACCCACAACAGUGGCCGACAUUCUUUGCAGAUCUGUUUCACAGACUGCAUCUCGGUGUCGCCUGCAUUGAAGUGUAUUUGCGGAUUUUAUUGGCAAUUGAUGAUGAGAUAACAGAGAGAGAUGUUUUACACACACCAGAAGAAAUGGCUCGUAACGUGUUGAUUAGAGACACGAUGAGACAGCAGUGUGUACCACAGCUUGUGGAUUCGUUGCUGCAAAUUCUGGAGAUGACUGAACAAAGAAAUGAUGAAUUGGCAUGUCUGUGUUUGGACGUCGUUGGAAAAUAUGUUGCAUGGAUUGAUAUCAAUUUAGUUGUAAAUGACAAAGUUAUUGGGAUGUUAUUACGAUAUUUGGGUGUGGAAAAUCUAAGAGAGAGUGCGACGGACUGUCUUCAUGAGAUUAUCAGUAAAGGUAUGGAUCCUGUUUCUAAGACUAAGUUGAUUGAAUCGGUCAUCAAGCUACUAGAAGACUCGAAUAUCCUCCCACCUGCAGAGGAUGAGGAUAUUGACUUUGUUGCAAAAUUGGCAAACUUUAUUAAUGGAGUUGGUAUGGCACUGGUGUCAAGCUGGAACAAAUUGGUGAAAGCUCACGAUCCUACUGCUGGUCAAACUCUUGAUGCUCUACAAUCAAAGCUUCCUCUUCUCUUCAGAUUUCUCGGUGAUGAAGACGACGAUGUUUCUCAGUCUGUCUUUCGAUUUGCUCACAGCUACGUGUCCACGUUAAAAUCGCAUGCCGAAGUUGCUGAAGAUAAUUAUCAUCAGUUUGUUGCUUUGCUGUCUAUCGUAAUCAAGAAACUGCGUUAUGAUGAGUUGUACAAUUUUGAACAGGAGGGAGAAGAUGAGGUGAUGUUUUUAAGCUACAGGAAGCAGUUGAAAGGGUUGUUUGAUAGCUUGGUUCAACUGAAUCCCCACUACUGCUUGAUGACUGUGCAGGAUUUGGCAAGUAAAGUAUUCAGCAAUAUUCAUCACUAUCCCUUCUGUGACGUGGAAGUCGCUCUUCGACUCGUCUACUUACUGGGAGAGACAAUACCAAAUCCACAUUUCGGAGUCGAUUCAAAGUUUCCAGAAAUGAAAGAACUUGUUGCAACUGUUGUCACAAGUCACGUCUCUCAUCAUUCUCAUCCAGAGGUUUCUCAGUUGUAUUUUGAAACGCUCGUCAGAUAUGAAAAGUUUUUUAGUCACGAGCCACAGCACCUUGCUGUAGGUUUGGCUUCAUUUCUCGAUCACCGAGGUUUAAGAAACAGUAACAAUCAUGUUCGAAGUCGUUGUGCAUACUUAUUUGCAAGAUUUGUGAAACAGUUGCGAACUCAACUCCAUCUUGUAGCUCAUGAUGCAUUGAAGAGAAUUCAAGACCUUCUAGUGCUCUCGCCUGAAAAUGGCUGCAUAAGUGAUUUUGUAUCAGUUGAUGACCAGAUGUUUCUUUAUGAAGCUGCUGCUGUUCUGAUCAUAUCUACUGGUGCACCACAAGAUAAGCAACUACUGAUGAUGAAGUCUUUGAUGUCACCCGUGCUGGAGAAAUUUGAGUCAAGUUUGGCCAAACUAACGGCAACAGAAUGCGACACCACACAACAACAGUUAGCAGAAUUUAUCCACAACCUAAUUGCAUUAGGAAGUCGAACAAGUAAAGCUUUCAAUUCUCACCAGACAAUGCAGCAAUGUGGAUGUACGGAGUGCUUUCAAGAAGCAUUGUCUGUCUUUCUCAAAGUUCUUAACGUGGCAGUUCAUCGAGAGCUUCUUCAGUCAGCUGUUACGCAGUUUCUUCAUCGAAUGAUAGUGUGCUUAGGAGAGGAUCUGUUGCCAUACAUUCCUAUUGCUGUCUCUCAUUUGCUGAAGGAUUGUAGUCAACGAGACCUUCAAGAGUUCAUUCCCCUCAUCAAUCAGCUAAUUGUCAAGUUUAAGUCUAAAAUCCAGCCGUUUGUUACCGAGAUUUUUAUGCCACUAGUUCAUGGCAUCUUUGUAUUCCUCAACAGCGAAGUCGAUGAGCUUGAUCACACUGCACAAAAGGAUUGUCAGUUGUUGCAUAAGGGUUAUUUCACAUUUCUUAGUGCAUUGAUAGCAAACGGGUUUUCUCAAGUUAUAGCAGAUCAAGUGCCUGAAAACGUUCACCAAGUUCUUUCAACGUUAGUGCAAGGAGCAGUGGAUUUUCCUGAUCCUUCGACACAGAAGACGUGCUUUGCAUGUCUACGUCGUCUUGUUGAUGUUUGGGGAGAUGGACAAGUUGUAGUUGGGUUUGAUACGUUUAUAUACAAGAGUGUGGUUCCUUCAUGUUUUCUUGCUCCUUUGAAAGCGGAGUUUGAUCUUAGAGACGGACAAACAGUUAUUGCUUUAGGAGAAUCCGGGCAAACAAUGAAAGAAAUACUAAGCAAACGAGGUCCUGAAUGUAUACACUUUUUGCAGACUGAAUAUCUACCAUCACUGCAUUUAGCACCAGACACGGCACAAGAUUAUCUUCAACAUUUGCAGCAUUGUGAUCAGAAGACGUUUAAGAGUUUUCUAAAGACAUUCUUCAUGCAGCUCAAGCAUCAGUUAUGACAUCAACUGAUAUCCACAGCAGCAUUUAUCAGCAUUAAUACUUUGGAAUAAAACGAAGAUAAGGAAAUCAGAUAUUCUAUGUUUCGAUAGUGUUAUUUCAAAAUAUAACAUUUCUAUUUCUUGUUGAAUUUUGAGUAAAUACGUUAUAUCUUUGCAGCAGGUAUUCCUCAUAUAAAAGUGUAUUGUAUUGAUUGAUGCAUCCGUCUGAUGUAAUAAGCUCAUGUAUUAUGAGAUGCAUCCCUCUCAUACAAUAGUCUAGUGUAUUGUGAGAUGCAUCCCUCCAACAC